AUGCAACCAAUAAGAAAUGUUGAAGCAGCAUGGUUGCAGGUUAAUUCAAGUAGCCGACGAGCAAGAGUAAUACCUCCACCUGAGCCUGUAGAAAAUGUUGAAUCUUCUCUAAGGCCUACACAACAGACUCUUGGCACUUAUCGAAGCGGCUCUCUCCCUAAUGUAGCAGCACCACAGCCGCCUACUUCUGAACCAGAAAAUAUUAAGCCUGAAGAAACAACUCUAGCAGCUCAAUAUGGAAUGGGUGGGGGCCGUAGUGGAGGCACUUCCCCUUCACGAGCACCAAUGCAAAGAGGUCGAGCUUCUUCCUCAGUUGGGCCCAUGCGAAGGCCCGCUGAUCGAAAACAUGACACAAGCCCAUAUGGCAGUACUGUCUAUUUGAGUCCGCCACCGGACAGCAACUGGCGGCGCACGAACUCGGACUCAGCGUUGCACCAGUCGUGCGGCGGCGAGCAGCAGACAGUCACACAACCGCUCUCCCCCCACCAUCCACUGCACUCGCACGCACAUCCACAUCUACAUCCUCACCAAAACCACCGUAGAGCACCUGAUAUCCAUCUAGAUAUGCUGACAACUCUUGGCAUGAAUCCCACAAAUCGUCCACGGUCAUCAUGUGAAAUUCCUAGGAUACCAAAUAAUAACAAUGUGUACGAGAGCGGAGGCGACGGCGGGGGUGGCGGUGGCGGGGGAGGUGGCGGGGGCGGGCUGGCGUGCGGCGAGCUGCAGGUGCCGGGCGGCUCGCUGCCCGACCUCACGUCCGUGCACUACCGCGCCCGCCGCACUACGUGCACCGGACCUCGCCCGACUAUCACCAACCCAGAUAUGUACGCACUACGCUCAUUAACUAUUGUGCGGCGAGCUGCGGGUGCCGGGCGGCUUGCUGCCUGA